AUGGACUUGUUUGUUUUGUCUCUUGAUAAGGGAGUUGGUUCAUUCAGCAGCAGUACGAUGGCCUGUCAGGAAGAUGGGAUCGAGCCAGCGGCUGCGAUCUCAGCUGUACAAAAUGAAGGCCGAGGCCACCGCUUACGUGACAUCCUCAAUCAGAGACGAGAUGAGUUAGACGCCCUCAUUUCAGAAAACAGGAAUCAACCUUUUCGUGUGGUUCAUAACCUCAAAAAUGCAGGUAGACCUUCUUUAAUACGGGGCACUCCCAUUACCUGCAGGAUGGACAAUGUUGAGAAAAACACAAGCGGUGCACUGGAUGAUGAAGACACCUUGUAUACGUUUCAUCUAACACACGGUAAUUUCCAAUGGACAGUGAAGAGAAAGUACAAACACUUUCAGGAGCUGCAGCGAGACCUUUACCUCCGCAGGAUACUCCUUUACUUUCGGCCUUUUGAAAGGUUUGAAAUGAAUGAGCAGCAGCAGAGGAGCAGGUUGAGCAAAAUGCCGAACCUGGACGGCACAGAACAGACCAGGAGGACCUCCAAAAAAGGGCUCUCAAGGUGUCCGGACUCUAAACACCUCGAGGACUACCUGAAUAGUGUGCUGGAGAAAUCAUUUUGCAGAAAUGCCGGCAGCAUGAUGGAUUUCCUCUACAUCAGUCCUCUUUCCUUUAUCAAUGAUUUGGGGCCCAAAGGCUUGGAGGGACCGAUCAUCAAGAGUUCCGGGGGCUACGAGACACAUGCCCUGCAAUGCAUUUGCAAUAACACAUGCUGUUUCCUGUGGUCACACCGCUGGAUGGUGGUGAAAGACUCCUUCCUCAUGUUCAUCAACCGAGAUGACGCCACCAUCAACGGUGUGAUGCUUUUUGACCCCAAGUUCCAAGUGAAAGUGCAACAAACUGGACUCUGCAUUGAGAACACAGCAAGGAGCGUGAUAAUUAAGUGCAGCAGCGACAAAGAAACAGAAUGGUGGGGCGACGAAAUCAAACGGCUGACAGAAGCAUGUGACUUUCUCAAAGUGCAUCGAUUUGGUGGCUUUGCUCCUCCACGAGAGAACACGCUCACUAAAUGGUAUGUGAAUGGAAGUGGCUACUUUGCCGACCUGGCUGAUGCUCUUAAGAAAGCAAAGGAGGAGAUUUUCAUCACUGAUUGGUGGCUCAGUCCUAAAGUGUUCCUAAAGAGGCCAGCAAAUGAUAAGGAUUGGAGGCUGGACAAGAUCCUUCAAGAGAGAGCAAAGGAUGGAGUGAAAGUAUUUAUCCUGCUGUACAGAGAGGUGACGUAUGCACUUUCCAUCAAUAGCAACUACAGCAAGAGAGCUCUAAGGAAGAAACAUCGAAACAUCAAGGUGAUACGGCAUCCUGACCAUGUGUCAUCUGGGGUGAUCUUUUGGGCUCACCAUGAAAAGAUGGUGGCCAUUGACCAAACCGUAGCUUUUGUCGGCGGGAUUGAUCUGACAUUAGGGAGGUGGGAUGACAAUCAGUACCGGCUAACAGACCUAGGUUUUGCAGAGGGGUCAAACGGUGUGUCUGAGGAGCAGCUAAACAAAAGCUGGUUCUCUUGUCAUGUGGGUGCCUCUCAUAACCAGGACAAUGAUUCAACUGAUGGUCCCAAGACUGGCAAUCAACCAAAACAGGGUUCUAGAAAUCUGUCUGGCAACACUAAACUGUGGCUUGGCCAAGAUUACAACAACUUUGUCUUAAAAGACUGGGUCAAACCAGAAAAGCCAUUUCAAGAAAACGUUGAUCGGACUAGAGUUCCUCGCAUGCCGUGGCGUGACCUGUCUGCGGCUGUCCAUGGCGGAGCAGCCAGGGAUGUGGCCAGACACUUUAUCCAACGCUGGAACCUCAACAAGAUCUCAAAAAGGAAGUACAGAGACAACUUUUACCCUUACCUUGUUCCCAAGUCUCACUCCACUGCUGACUCACUGCCAUUCAUCGUGCCUGGCUCCAGCAAAGCCAAAGUUCAGGUGUUGCGCUCUGCUGAUCGGUGGUCAACUAAAAGGUUGGAAACCUCAAUCCAGAAUGCCUACAUACACACUAUAGAGAAGAGUGAGCACUUCAUCUACAUUGAGAACCAGUUCUUCAUCAGCUGUGCUGAUAAUAAGACCGUCUACAACGGGAUUGGUGAUGCAAUUGUAAAACGGAUUCUUCGUGCUCAUAGCACAAAGAAGAAGUUCAGGGUGUUUGUGGUGAUUCCUCUGCUUCCUGGGUUCGAGGGAGACAUUAAAACAGGAGGUGGAAAUGCCAUUCGGACAAUUCUGCACUUCACUUACAGGACGAUUUGCCGUGGAGAGGUGUCCAUCCUGUCUCAGCUUAGUAAAGUGAUAGACAACUGGCAAGACUACAUCACUUUUUGUGGUCUCAGAACACACUCCAAGCUCUCCGGGUUACUUGUCACUGAGCUGAUCUACGUUCACAGCAAGAUUCUAAUAGCCGAUGACCGCCGUUACAUCAUUGUGGUCGUUCUUCUCAGUGCAAAUUCCGAACCCAGUAUCAACAUAGAAGAUCCAGUCAGUGAUGACUUCUUCGGGAUUUGGAACAAAACUGCCAAACUUAACACCAACAUUUAUGAACAGGUCUUUAAGUGCCUUCCCUGCGACACUGUUCAAAACAUGCAGCAGCUGAACGAGUAUUCCAGCCAGCAGCCCCUUUGUGACACAAACUUGGAGAAGGCAGAAGAGGAGCUGAGAGCAGUUCGAGGGCUGCUGGUCCACUUUCCUCUGAAGUUCUUGUCUGGGGAAACGUUGCUGCCUCCAUCAACUUCGAAAGAAGGCAUGGCUCCCUUAACACUCUGGACAUAA